AGAUGGGAUAUAUGCAAUAUAUGUAUAUUUAAAACGAGGAAAUAUAAAAACAAGGUGAUAUAAACUGCGGACUCAACAAAUCACAACAAAAAAAAAGAAAAAAAAUGGAUAAAAAGCGUUCAAGAAAAGACGCUGCAUGUGUGUCAAAACGACAUUUAAAAAGAUUAGCCGUACAAGAAUCCAAAAUUGUUUACGAUGCUUUAUUAAAUACGACUACAGUGUCAUAUAGUAACAUUACUUAUAAAUACACAGAACAUUUGGAAAACGUUUCUAAAGUAAAUUCAGAAGUAAAAAACAUUCAAGCUGCUGAAAAUGCUGUAAUCGAAAAUUAUAAUGUUCACGAGUGGAACGAAAGUAGUAACAAUGUAUUGAACAUGCAACAGUCCUCUGUUAGCGAUUCUUAUGAAUCGCAAACUGAUUUAGCAUCUGAAGAUGCAGAUGUAACAGGUGACAAUUUGAAAAAUGAUCUUGCUAUCUGGGCUGUGCAACAUCAAAUUUCACAUACGGCUUUAAAAGCAUUACUUCAAAGAUUAAAAAAACAUUCAUGUUUUUCAUCAUUAUCUCUAGAUGCACGUUCACUUUUGAAAACUCCGAGAAAACAAGAUAUACGUAUAGUACAGCCAGGAAUUUACUAUCAUUUUGGAUUGCAAAAGUCUAUGUUGAAUAUAUUAACCUCCAUGAAAAAACAAUAUUGGAAGCAGUAUAAAAAUUGCUAUUAAUGUCGAUGGAUUACCACUCUCAAAAUCAUCGCAACAACAAUUUUGGCCCAUACUUGGUUCAAUUUUUCCAUAUAAUAAUGUAUUUACAAUAGGAAUUUAUCAUGGAACUGAAAAACCUGCAAAUGUUAAUGAUUUUUUAAGUGAUUUUGUGAACGAGGCUGCAGAAAUGUGUGAAAAUGGAAUAUAUAUCAAUAAUCGUAAUAUACAAUGCAGAAUAGAAGCAUUAAUAUGUGAUACACCGGCAAAAGCAUUUAUGCUAUGUGUAAAAGGGCAUUCCGGAUAUUCAAGUUGCACUAAAUGCACAACAGAAGGAGAAUAUGUCGGAAAUCGUAUAUGCUUCCCACAAAUUGAUGCACCAAUUAGAUCAGAUAAUGAUUUUAUUAACAAAAUUGAUGACAGUUAUCAUAAACCAGAUAUAACAUGCAGUCUACUCAAAAUACCUCAUUUCAAACCAGUUACAAAUGUUCCCAUGGAUUAUAUCCUAGUGUGUUUGGGAAUUAUGCGGAAAUUAAUGUAUUUAUGGUUGAAUGGAGAAUUCUAUUAUCGGCUA